AUGGCAGAUGACAUUAGCCUGAGCGGUGUUGCCACCUCAGAAUCAGGUAACCGCGGUGUCUACAGGGAUUCCCUCACCGGCAGCAUCGUGCCCGACGACCGUGAUAGAACAGCUCACCCGUCGCAUCGACGACUUGUCGCGACAGGUGGCCGAGCUGUCAGCUGUUUCCCGUUCGCGCUCGAGGAGUCGAGCGCAGUCUCCAGGCUGGCGUCGACGGUCCCGGAGCCGCUCUAA